AUGGCGGAAAAAGACGACGACAAGCGGACCGUGGUCUUCUUCCAUCCCGACCUGGGAAUUGGCGGCGCAGAACGACUUGUUGUCGAUGCGGCUGUUGGCCUGCAGAACCGCGGCCACAAGGUCGUCAUUUUUACGAGCCACUGCGACAAGGGGCAUUGCUUCGAAGAAGCUCGCGAUGGGACCCUCGAUGUCCGCGUCCACGGCGACUGGCUCCCCCAAUCCAUCUUUGGCCGUCUGACCAUUCUCUGCGCCAUCCUCCGCCAAAUCACCCUCCUCCUCCACAUCUAUGUCACCCGCGAACUCCAAUCCCUCAACCCGGAUGCCUUCAUCGUCGACCAGCUCUCCGCCGGUCUUCCUCUCCUCCAAUACCUCAUUCCCAAGGCUCCCAUCCUCUUCUACUGCCACUUUCCAGACAUGUACCUCGCUCUCGGCCGCGAGCAGUGGUGGAAGCGCGCUUACCGCAUCCCCUUCGACUGGAUCGAGGAGUGGAGCAUGGGCUUCGCGGACGAGAUCGCCGUCAACUCUGGCUUCACCAAGGGCGUCGCCACCAGCGCCUGGCCAAAGCUGGCGAAGAAGAAGGAAUUCAAGGUCGUGUACCCCUGUGUCGACAUCGAGCCCAAGACCGACAAGAAGGAGGGCGAGGAGGAGGCCGUGUGGACCGACAAGAACAUCAUCCUCAGCAUCAACCGCUUCGAGCGCAAGAAGGACAUUGCGCUGGCUGUCAAGGCUUUCGCUGCGAUCCCCGCGGACAAGAGGAAGGGCACGAGGCUGGUGAUUGCGGGAGGUUAUGAUUUGCGCAGCGCGGAGAACUACUACUAUCACCGCGAGCUGGAUAAGCUGGCCAAGGACCACGGACUCGAGACAUUCACGGCCAAGAACAUCAUCACGGCGCUCUCCGCUCCGGAGCACAUCCCUGUUCUAUUCCUCCUCUCCAUCCCCUCCAGCCUUAAGGACUCGCUGCUCAAGUCAGCGAAGCUUCUGGUCUACACGCCCUCCAACGAGCACUUUGGAAUCGUCCCCCUCGAGGCAAUGCUGGCUGGCGUCCCCGUCCUGGCUGCCAAUACUGGCGGUCCCAAGGAGACUGUCAUGGACGGCGUCACGGGCUGGCUGCGGGAGCCCGAUCAGGUAGAAGAGUGGACCAAGGUCAUGGACACGGUACUUAACCGCAUGAGCAAGGCCGAGCUGGAGAAGAUGGGCAGGGACGGCGUGCAGCGUGUGCGCACCGGCUUCGGGCAGCAGAAGAUGGCGGAGCGGAUCGACAAGAUACUGGACGAGUUGACGGCGAAGCAGCGCGUUCCGCCCUGGAUCAACGCCGUGCUGAAUUUCCUCGGUAUCGGCAUCUUCUUCUUCUUUGGAUUGUUAACCUCCAAGAUGCUUGUUCCCGAGAAGAAAACCAACCAAGAAGCCAUGUCCCGCAAAGCACUGGUCGAAUUCUUCUCCCGCACCCUCACGGCGUUCCAGACCUCCAAGGAUGCGUUCCGCGUAGUCUGCACACUCCCGGCACACGACGGGCUCCCUGCGCCGAGGAGUCCCCGGCAGUCUUCGGCCGCGGCCAGGGGUAGUAGUACCAAGCUCGUCGUGCUCGACUCGUCGUUUAACCCGCCGACGCUGGCUCACCUGCGCAUGGCGGCCUCCGCCGCCCGCGCCACGGGCGGCGCGGGCGCAGGCGCGAGAGUUCUCUUGCUGCUGGCCGUUAAUAACGCGGACAAGGCGCCGAAGCCAGUCGCGUUCCCUGUGCGCCUGGGACUCAUGCACGCUUUCGCGCGGGAUCUGCUGGAUGAGUUGCGGGAGGAUGUCGAGGUCGAUUUGGGGCUCACUACGAUGCCGUAUUUCCACGACAAGUCGCAGGCUAUUGCCGACGAGGGGUUUUACCCGGGGGACGCGGAGCAGGUGUAUCUUGCCGGGUACGACACGCUCAUUCGGAUCUUCAAUCCAAAGUAUUACACUGCCUCUGUGCCUCCUGCUCGAGAAGGUGAGGAGGAGGUGAAGCCGAUGCAGAGGGCGCUCGAUCCGUUUUUGGGCCGGUCGAGGUUGAGGAUUACGAUGAGGACGGAUGAUGAGUGGGGUGGCGAGGAGGAGCAGGUUGCGUAUUUGAACAAGUUGAAGGAUGGCGGUUUGGAGGAAGUUGGCGGUCGGAGGGAGUGGGCGGAGAGGGUUGAGAUGGUGAGCGGGAGGAGGGAGGGCGAGGAGGUUGUGAGUAGCACAAGGGUGAGAGAGGCCGCGGGGAAGGGGGACGAGGAGGGGUUGAGGGGGUUGCUUGGGGCGAGGGUGAAGGAGUGGGUUUUGGAGGAGGGGUUGUAUCGUGAAUAA